GGCGGCGGGGCGCUGAGCCCCGGCCCCCCGCGGGCCAUGGAGCCGGCCCCCGGCGCCCCCGCGCCGCCCCGCUGCGCCCUGGGGCUGCGGCCCCCCUACGAGCCCGUCCCCGCCGCCGCCUGCGCCCUGUGCUGCCUCUUCGGCGUCGUCUACAGCUGCUUCGGGUACCGCUGCUUCAAGGCCAUCAUGUUCCUCUCGGGGCUGCUCUUCGGCUCCACCGUCAUCUUCCUGCUGUGCUACAAGGAGCGGAUCCUGGAGACGCAGCUGAGCCUGGAGGUGAGCGCGGGCAUCGCCCUGGGCAUCGGCGUGCUCUGCGGGCUGGUCACCAUGCUGGUGCGCAGCGUGGGGCUCUUCACCACCGGGCUGCUGCUGGGGCUGCUGCUGGCCACGGCCGCGCUGGUGGCCGCCGAGCCGCUGCUGCGGCCGCAGAGCCUCUGGGUGCCAGCCGGCAGCCUGCUGGGGCUGGCGCUGCUCUGCGCCCUCCUGGCCCUGCAGUGGCAGAAGCCGCUGACGGUGCUGUCCACGGCCGUCUUCGGGGCGGCCGUCAUCGUGGUCUGCGUGGACUAUUUCGUGGAGGCGCUGGCGCUGGUGCUCUACGUGUACGACCGGCUGCGCCUGGCGCCGCCGGGGCCGCUCUGCUGGUACAGCUGGGCCGUGCUGGGCGCCUGGCCGGCGCUCAGCCUCCUCGGCGUCCUGCUCCAGUGGAAGCUCACGGCCGACGGCUUCUCCCACACCGACGUGGUCAUCAGCCGGCGGCAGAAGCGGCUGCAGCUGCUCCGCAUCCGGCAGAAGGAGGCCAAGCGGCGGCAGAGCCUGGCCCCGCAGGAGGGCACCUACCGCCGCAAGCCCGCGCCGGUGAAGCGCUACGCGGGCGACGUGCUGGCCCCGAGCUACAUCCGGAGCCUGCGGGACCGGCAGCUGGAGCGCGGGACCCCGCGGAGCAGCCCGGGGGCCGCCGCGCCGCCCGCCGACGACGACCGCGGCUCCGCGGACCUGCCCGGCCCCCGUGCCCCCACCGGGGCCUGCCCCGGCUCCUGCCACCGCCACCGGGACCCCAAAGCCUUAAGCCCCCCGUGCGGGGAGGGGUCGGGGUGGCCCCCAGCCCCCCGAGGGGGGACGGGACGGGACCGCCUUGUACCCGGGCUGUGA